CGCUCCGCGCAGCACGUGCCGGUUACGCACUCUGUCAGUCCACACCGUUGAGCGUCUUGGACUGUAUUAUAUGUCACGGACUUUUGGGACAAUCUUGAAAUGACCGAACUACAGUCACGACUUUGAAUUCAUCUCACACGGACCCGCUCCGCUCCUCCCUAAAGAACCGAAAUAAGCGUCGCGCGCCGGAGGGGGAAAACCGGGCAUGUCGUUUACUUCUAAACGUUUCUGCUGUGUGCUUAGACAGUAUUUGUCGGGAAAACUUGAGUUAUGGGAUGCUUUUGGCUUUUUUUGUGCCGCAGGCUGUGUUCCAAAACUUUUGAGUAAUUAAUGCGCACGUUAGUGUCUCACCAUGAAGUGCUCAUUGUCCAGUUACGAUUUAAGAUGAAAAUUCAGCUGAAAUAUUCAUAUCAAUGUGGAGUCAGGGCUGUAUGGACGUAUCUUUGUGAUUAGUGAUAGCGGUAAUGAGGCUUUUCGACUGUAUCACCUGAAACAAGCCACUUUUGUUCACUUGCAGGUUGUAGGAAUGAGCUUGCUGUCUUUUAAAGGGAUGACAUGUUUUUACGUUUAAUUAGUAGGCUAAAUGUGUUACAUACCCUAAUACUAAUUUAUUAGUAUAGUAUUAUUUUUUUUCUGAUUACAACAAUCACUUUUGUUUAGAAAAAUAUUUGAUAGAGUAAGUUUUGCUGUGUAGUUUGGUUUGUUUAAUAUUUUUAAACGCUUUUCUGCUUAAUCGGUUAUCGGUUGUUUAGCAUCGGGUCUCGCGAUAACUUCUAAAAAAAAAAUAGCGUCCAACAGCGAUAUUACCGGGAACAGGAAACAAAAGUGUCCACAGGUAAAUUAAUUAAUUUUUUAUUGUUAUUUACACAAAUUAUUAAAAAAAAAAAAUGUAUGUAAUAGACAUUAAUUCUUAAGUGCGAUGUUUAUAAUUAUCGUUUGUCAAGAUUAGCGAAGAAUUUAGAAUUAGCUACAGAGACUAAUGCAACUAAACAGGUUAUUUAAGAAACAUUAUUAUUAUUAAAUUCAUUCAUUAAUAAUGCAUUAAUUUUGAUUAUAUUCUCAAUAAUAAACAAGCGUUUUUAUUAUUGUUGUAUGAUAAUUAUUUAGCUAUCAUUGUGUUAGAAAUCAGAAAUAAAACAUCAAAAAUCAGCUGUAGGAAACGUAAUACAAAUAAUCAUUAUCGGUCGUAAAAACAAACUGUAUCGGUAUAUGGUGCACUAGUUUGCUUGUGUAAACACAAUAAUGUUGGGUAGCCCUUCAAAUAACGGAGGCAUUAGGAUGCUGGCGCCCCCUGCACCCAACGAUGACAGGCGGGUCGAGUUUGUGGCUCUCACGGCUGUUCACACUGAAAGAAGCGAGCCGUCCACCCCAGAGCGAGGACACCCGUCUCACCGCACCGGCUUACUGGGCACGCCGCUGCCGGUGCCACCGGGGCCGAGGGCGACCCCUUCUGCCUCCAGCAAACGCUACAGAAAGUUACAGAACUGCCUGUACAACGUGCUUGAGAGACCCAGAGGAUGGGCAUUCAUCUAUCACGCCUUCAUUUUUCUCCUAGUGUUCAGCUGUCUGGUGCUUUCUGUUUUCUCCACCAUUCCAGACCAUCAUAAAUUUGCCAACGAAGCGCUCUUCAUCCUGGAGUUUGUGAUGAUCGUGGUUUUUGGGCUGGAGUACUUUGUGAGGGUCUGGGCAGCCGGAUGCUGCUGCCGGUACAGAGGAUGGCAGGGUCGGCUACGGUUUGCCAGAAAGCCCUUCUGCGUCAUAGACUUCAUUGUCUUCGUGGCGUCGCUGGCAGUGAUAGCGGCAGGCACACAGGGGAACAUCUUCGCCACAUCUGCUCUGCGCAGCAUGCGUUUUCUGCAGAUCUUGCGCAUGGUGCGUAUGGACCGCCGGGGAGGAACCUGGAAGCUGCUGGGCUCUGUGGUGUACGCUCAUAGCAAGGAGCUGAUCACAGCCUGGUACAUUGGGUUCCUGGUACUGAUCUUUGCCUCCUUCUUGGUCUAUUUGGCUGAGAAGGAAGACAACCAGGAGUUUUCCACUUAUGCUGACUCCCUCUGGUGGGGAACAAUAACCCUCACUACGAUCGGCUAUGGUGACAAGACGCCACGCACCUGGCAAGGUCGGCUUUUAGCGGCUUGCUUUGCCCUGCUGGGAGUGUCCUUCUUUGCCCUGCCCGCUGGCAUCCUGGGUUCGGGAUUUGCUCUGAAAGUGCAGGAGCAGCACCGGCAGAAACACUUUGAGAAGAGGAGGACUCCCGCUGCCAACCUCAUACAGGCUGCAUGGCGUCUCUACUCUACAGAUGCUCAGCACUCAUAUCUCACAGCUACCUGGUAUUUUUAUGACAGUAUGCUGCCGUCCUUCAGAGAACUGACAUUACUGUUCAGUCACCUCCAACGGCAGCGUAGCGCCAAGAAGGUUCUCCACAACUCCUACCACACCCUGCUGUCGGGGCUCCGGCCGUACAGCUCCCCCUACCUGUCGGGGGACAGUGGGAAGAUGGGCUUCCGUGACCGCAUUAGGAUGAACAAUUCACGCUCCUCUCAGGCUAUCCGGAGCAAGGCUUCUCCUUUGCCCCCAGGUAAUGUGCGGUGCUCGCCCAGCACGGAGAACGUUCCAGAAGCCACCAGCCCAGGCAAGGUCCAGAAAAGCUGGAGCUUCAAUGAUCGGACUCGAUUCCGUACCUCUCUCCGCCUAAAACCACGGCCUGCUGCAGAUGUGGAGGGAGUAGGAGAAGAGCACACAGAGGACAAAUCUUACUGUGAUGUCGCCAUGGAGGAUGUGAUUCCAGCAGUGAAGACCCUAAUUCGAGCCGUUAGGAUUCUGAAAUUUCUGGUGGCCAAGAGGAAGUUUAAAGAAACCCUGCGGCCGUACGAUGUAAAAGAUGUGAUUGAGCAGUAUUCAGCAGGACACCUCGAUAUGCUGGGCAGAAUCAAAAGCCUGCAGAUGAGGGUGGAUCAGAUCAUAGGCCGUGGAUCCAUUCCAUCAGAUAAAAAGGUGAGGCCUGAAAAAGGAGAGAAAACUCCUCCUGAACUGGAUCAGAUGGAUGAAUUAAGCAUGAUGGGACGAGUGAUGAAAGUGGAGAAACAGGUGCAGUCCAUCGAAAACAAGCUGGACCUGCUACUAAACUUCUACUCCCAGUGCCUGAAAAAGGGCUCGUCCCACUUCACCCUGUCGUCCCUGCUGGAGCCGGACUUGACCUCUGACUACCACAGUCCAACUGAUCAACGUGACCUGUUCCCCUCAGCAAACACCCUUAAUAUCUCCCACUCAGACAGUGGCAACAUGGAAUGACCCCCAGAGACCCAGCCAGCAGCAGACAAAUCAUCCAAAGUCUAAAUACCUCCCUACACUAACCUAGCACAGUUCCUCUAAACAACUGCUGUAUCCUUGCAUGGGUUCAUCCUUUGCACAGUGGAUGGUGGCUUCUGGCCUACUUUUCUAGACUACGCCUUGCAAACUAUGCUCUUAUAUUUCACAAUGUCCGCAGUGUUUUUAUUUUAACGUGCCUGUAGUAUCUUUCUUCUUUUUUGUUUCAACUGAUUCAGGAAAGUUUUAGAGAAACGUCCUCACAGGGAUGAAGACAUUAUUGAGGUUCUGUGUUGAACAUUUGGACUCGAUGGCAGAGUUUUAGCUGAGACCAUCGCUUUUUAUCAGUCUUCCAAAAUAGGAGGGGACGAAUCACUUGACUGCUACAAAACUGAGUUCCUUUUACCUUUUCAUUGAUGGUGUUUCUUUUUGGAAGUCUCUGUGCCAAUAUUGUUUCUUGAUUUUUUUUGAGUUUUUGAUAAUCAAUAGGCCCCCAGAGCUGUUCUAUUUUUCUCUCUGUCUUUUUUUCUAAGAAAUCAGGGCAUUGUGAACUGAACUUGAUUUUUGGACUCUCUUUCUCGGCCUUAAACUUUGGCCCGAUGCAAUAGACUCCUUGUGCCACAAUGAAUGUACUGCAUCCAGUACUCUUCCUUUAUUUAUCAUUGACAUAUCCUCUGUGAAAACGGCUUCGCAGAUUGCUAUAAAGAACAGCAUGAUGGGCCGACGGACAGUAUUUCCACCAAAGCAUCAUCUCCUGUCAUUUUUAUCUUGCAUGGUUUCUCUUGGCAUUUCAGGAAGGAAGGAACUUAAAAAUGUGAGGCCCUCAGGCCCUCUCUCUUCUUCUGCGACAGCACCCUGCCACUGCAUCAUCUCUCAGAAGCCCACCAUGCAAAAAAAACCCCAAGAACAUCAAAUAAAUAAAAAUAUUCUUUGAUUAAAUAGCCAGCAUUAAAGUGCAUGUUAAUAGUUUGAGUAGUUCAGGCAAGUUUAGUUAUAGAGGCUGAUCUUAUUGCCUUCUUUCUGAUCCUCAGCCUCUCUGCCUUGCAGCCCAUCUCCUCAUUCUGCAUGUGCAUCAGUUCAAUAAGUGGGUCAAAAGAAGUCUGUCUUCUCCCCAAAUAUGACUCUCGAUUAGUUGAGAUUUAAAGGGAUAAUUCACUCAAAAAUUAAAGAGGACCUAUUAUGCUUAUUUACAUUUUCAACUUUCUUUAGUGUGUAAUGUUGCUGCUUGAGCAUUAAAAAUGUCUUUGGUGUCCCCAGAAUGUGUCUGUGAAGUUUCAGCUCAAAAUACCCCACAGAUCAUUUAUUAUAGCUUGUCAAAUUUGCCCCUAUUUGGGUGUGUGUCCCUUUAAAUGCAAAUGAGCUGCUGCUCCCAGCCCCCUUUCCAGAAGAGGGUGGAGCUUUAACAGCUCGUGCUUCGGUUGCUCAACAACAACAAAGCUGGAGAAUCUCACGCAGCCAAAAUGAGGAUUGUCAGUAACGGUGUUCAGCCUUACAUUGUUCAAACCGGAGUCGACACUGAUGGAGAGACUCAGGAAGAAGUUACAACUUUUAGACGUUUCUGAAUGGUUAGUGAAUAAAUUUAUGUAGUUGCUGUGGAGUUGAUUCAACUCAUCGACUAGCAUGUGACGUCAUGUUAAUCGUUUGUGCAAAUCCAGCGUUAAAUUGACCCUCGUUUGUGAAGCAGUCCGGCGUAAAAUGACGGCAUGUUAACAACACACUACUACAACAACUCUUCCUCUGAAAAUUUUGAGGUUAGUGAUGUCACUAACCCAGGAAGAAGCUUGUUGUAGUCCCUACCAGCCGUUUGUUGUAGUCCUUAAACAGAAUUCUUUAAAAGAAAACAUCGUAACUUUGCAGAUGUUGUUUAUGCUCAAACAGCAUCAUUACACACUAACUAAAGUUAAAAAAGUGAAAUCAUAAUCAACCACCCCUUUAAUAAGCACCAUGUCAGUCCAGCGGGAGUUAUUCUCUAUAUCAGUGUCACUGUUUCUGAAACGCCUCCAUUGUAGUCUUGAGUUUUCUCCUGGGAACGAACAUGUCACUAUAUUCCUCAUUUAAAUAAUUCCGGCUAAGGCGUAUGCAAAAUAAAGGGGCGGGGCCUGAUUGAGUUAGUUAGUAGUGUGUUGAAACUUGCAGUUAUGGUAAGAGGUGUGACUUUUCCCAAACAUGCUCAAAGCGGUUGACCAAUCACAACACACUGGUCCAGUCGACCAAUCAGAGCACACUGCGCUUUUCAGAAGGAGGGGCUACAUAGAGACAGCAACUAAACAGAGCGUUACUGACAGACUGAGAAGAGAGGAGCUGCAACAAUGGAGAAUAUGUGAAAAAUAAUGUGUUUUUGAACAUUCAAGCAUGAAAACCUAUUCUAGUAGAGCCCAAGAACAAAAUCAAGACUUUGAAAAAGGGCAUAAUAGGUCCUCUUUAAAAUUCUGUAAUUUUUGUUGCUCUAAUUUUCUUCUGUGGAACACGAUUGAUAUUUCUCAGUGAUCCAUACAAUGAAAGUCAUGGACCCUAUUAAAGCCAUACACAUUUGAAACAACGUGAGGGUGAGAAAAUGAUGUCAGAAUUGUAUUUUUUGGGUGAACAAUCCCUUUAAGGCUAUGAUCUUUCACCAGAUUAUGUCCUCACAUCACCCCAUAGAGAUCAAUAGGUCAAAGGUCCUUCUGGCACGAUGAAACACUUAACAUGCAUUAUUUUUCUCGUCUGAUCAUUCGAUCAGUGUCGUCUCACACGUGACCUUAACCUCAGCCAUGUACAGACUUGCCACUAUUUUGAAGAAUUGAGUAAACUGGGAGAAGUCAUUGAGAUGAGCAUUGAUGCAUGAUCUUGACAUUAGUAUCUAUGCAUGCAGUUAUGGGACAGGAUCUAGCUUUAUAUGACAUGCAGUUCAGGUAACAGACAGCAUGGAGGGGGUUGUAGGGAAUACAGCACUCCUCUGCCUUACUGACAUAGCUAGAGCACACUGACCAUGUGUUUACGGUACAACGGUGGACCUAAGAGAUUGUUUAGGCCACUUGUCAUAGCAUUAAUUCAUCAUUCUAAUGGACAGAACUGGAGUUCACAAUUUAAGCAGAAUUUUCUACAAUUACUUUUCUCUUGCAUCUUCACAGAUUCAAAUAUAUGCUUUUUUUAAAAUCUCAUUCUUCUUUAUCCACGUUUGUUUCUACUGGAAUGUAUUUGAAGAAGAAAAAAACACUUGUUUUCAGUAGUUCUUGUUUCCUACACACACUUUCUCUGACUUUUCUGUCCCUUUAAACAGAACACUGAACCUUUCAGGCAUUAAGUAAUACUUUUUUUCCUCAUUGAUAUGAUUGGUAACUGCUAAUGUGAGAGGUAACUUGAUCCAUAAUAUGUAUGUUUAACUCUGACGUGAUUGUAAAAACUGAAUAAAUCCAGAUUUU